AUGUUCAAUAAAAGGAGGGUCCCAUGUGGCCUCACUAUUACUCUUUUGUUCAGUCUACAGAGCGUUUCACUGUCCGCAGCAGGAGACUGUGCUCCUUAUCCAGUCAGUGUUAAUCUCAAUAAUGUGACUCUUGGGAAUACAACUGCCCGAGGUGUAUCCCUAUCUGUUGGCAGCCCAAAACAGUCAUUUGCAUUCUUGCCUCAAUGGCCUUUGAACAGCACGUUUGUGUACGGCACUGAUGGAUAUUGCGGCGAAUCAUGGUCCGAGGCAGGUUGUCGAACAUUUCGAGGAGGCGCAUACGAUUCAUCAUCGUCGACAACGUAUAAGGAUGCCCCAUCGAACCAUAUAGAAGCUUCACCAUAUCCAGAUUUCACAUGGGGAAAAGACGAUCUCAUAUUCAAUUCCAAUACUACGCUGUUAGACUUCCCGAUAGGAAUCGCACGAAGUGAUUGGGGCGCGCAAGGAUAUCAUCCCCAGGUGGCAUUUGGUCUGGGAAGGAACUCCACCAUUCUAAAUAGCCUCUAUACCGCCGGUCACAUUGCAUCACGAUCAUGGGCUAUGUUCUGGGGUCGCACAGGUGGCACCGCGGAUACACAGCAAGAUGGGAAUUUCGUCUUUGGGGGCUUCGAUAAGUCCAAGGCUUCAGGCGACAACUAUACCAGCGAUCUAAAUUACUCUAACAAGAAUUGCGCCAGUGGUAUGUUAGUUACUAUCACAGAUUUGGAACUUAACUUCCCCAACGGUACCACUGCAAGCUUAUUCGAUGGGAUGCAGUCUUCUGCAAUACUGGCCUGUAUUGUCCCAGACUACCCCGUCUUGAUGACUCUGCCUCGUGACCCAUAUUUUGAGCGAUUUGAAAGCCUUACCAACGAAUCCUUCAGUUACAGAGGGUUUGGUGUCUACUACUAUGGGAUGCUCUAUCCUAAUCCCGACUCCAUAUAUACUGGUGAUCUAACUGUUACCUUGAACAAUGGGUUCUCAGUUCGAAUACCUAAUGACCAGCUUGUCGUCCCAAAUCUCACUAUUGAUCCAUCUACUGGGUCUCUUCAUGCGAAUGGGUCUACUCCUGAACUGGUUAUAAACUCCAUCCAGCAGGUGAACCAAGGCGAUCUUCCCCAGUUAGGCCGCCAAUUCCUGUCCAGCGCCUACCUUAUGUCAAACCAAGACUCCAACACAUUCACCUUAUGGAAUGCCGCGCUUGAGGAAGAAGAGAAUCUGGUCGCGAUUGAUACAAAUAACAAGCCAGUGGACAUUUACUGCGCUGCAACUCCCACAUCGACUUCAUCGUCCACCUCAUCCCCACAUAGUACAGGCAAUCAUGAUAAAAAGCUGUCUACCGGAGCGAUUGUUGGAAUUGCAAUCGGAUCUGCAGCAGCAUUGGCGAUAGUUGCAGCGGGUGUCUUCUUGCCGCUUAUCGUGACCCUCCGUCUGAACUUGGUCCGAGUCAUAUGGAACCCCACGUUCCUAAUGAGCUUCCAGCUAAGCCGCCAAGUCCCUCGCACCGUUUCGCUAAUAUACAAGAGUUAG